AACGUAACGCACGCGCUGUUAGCUCAGUCUAAAUUAAAAAUAAAGUUGUCGGAAAAUAAGAGUUAAAUUAGCUAAAAGAAAGUGUUUAAAGUUAAGCCUUGGAUUUUAAAUAUUUAGUGCAAUAAAAUAGUGAAGUUAUAAAUCAUAACAAUUAUAGAUAUUGUGCGAAAAUAUUUUCUCCAAGAAUUUAAUAAGUGUUGUCUAGCUGUGUUGACAUGAACGCGAAAGCGCCUUCAAAUGCACGGCGCUUAAGACCUUUUUUGCGCGACCAUAGCAGCUGUAUAUUGCAAAGCGCGUUGGAUGGGCUGAGAAGUAAGCGAAUAUACCCACUAUUAAAUUUAUAUUGAAUACAAAUUAAACAAGUAUAUCCGAUUAAUUUUCAACAUUGAAAGUUAUAUAAUUAUAACUUUUAUGUACAAGUAAACAUGUCUUGCAAUUCAUGUAAUACGACCCUACUUCAAAAAGAUAAGAUUAAAUGCACAGCCUGUCCGGCAUUGUUUCACUAUCAAUGCGUUGGUUUUACCAGUACGUCUUUUAAGAAGACAUCCCUAAGCGUGAAGUCAUUUAAAUGUUCAUUUUGCCAGAGCCGUAACCAAACUGAAAGCUUGAUGGCCUCUCCAAAUACAAAAAAUGAUGAAAUAUAUUCUUCUCCUACACAAACGCAGACACCUGUAAAUCAUACCAUAAUAUCCUUGAUACGUGACGAAAUAAGUAAUAUAUUAGAGAAUUCUGUGAGCCCAGACCUCAAAGCUAUUAGGCUGGAAGUAAGUGGAAUACAGGAAAUUAAAAAUAAAAUGGAUAUAUUACAAUCUAUGUACGAUAAGCAACAAAAAAAAUUAGAAGAAGCAAUGCAGGAAAUAUCGUCCCUUAAAAAUGAAAAUUCUAAGCUUCGCCAAAAUCAAAUAAAUAUAAAUUCCAGAUUGACUAUUAUGGAAAAAGAAACAAGAGCAAAUAAUUUAGAAUUUCAUUGCAUACCUGAAUACCGUGGUGAAAACUUAGUCAACACUUUACAUCAAAUAGGAAAAACUAUAGGUAGCUAUGUGGAAGAUGGUCAUAUUGUUAAAUGCACCCGGAUUGCGAAGUGGAAUAAGGAGAACAAUCGUCCACGAACUGUUUUGGCGAAGUUCGCAACACCCCUAUUGAGAGAUAAAUUCUUAGCUAAUAUAAUAAAUUAUAAUAAAAGCCAUCCGUCUGAUAAGCUGAACUCUUCACAUUUGGGAAUAGCAGGUGAAAAAAUGCCCGUCUUCGUAUGUGAACAUCUUACCCCGGAAGCCAAGGCAUUACACGCAGCUGCUCGUCGAUUUGCCAAAGAGAAAUCAUAUCAAUUCGUCUGGUCGCGGAAUGGUAACAUCUACUUAAGAAAAGCGCCGUCCAGUGAUGUAAUACUUGUUAAGAAUUUAGAGUUCCUUAACGAAAUUUCUUAAAACCAUACCAUUUAUUAAAUUUUUUUUUUUUUCAUUUUUUUGUUUAAAAAUUUAAUAUAUAUAAUAUAUUUUUUAACUCAGUUACACUUUCGUUUAGUUGAUGAACUGUAUAAGCGUCUUUUAUCAAAACAUUAGAGGUCUUAAAACCAAAACUCAUGAGGUAUAUAGUGCUAUUUUAAAUUCGGAAUUUGACAUUAUUGUGUUAACUGAAACUUGGUUAUGUGAAGGUAUAUUAAAUAACGAAAUUAUAGAUAAACGAUACGUGGUUUUUCGACGAGACAGAGAAACUUCUACUUUGCGUACCAAACAUGACGGUGGUGGCGUACUUAUUGCAGUUACAAAAAAGCUUAAAAGUUAUAGAGUUAUGAAAUGGGAAAGCAACUACGAGGAUAUGUGGAUUAACAUUGAUUUUAAAGCAGGUAACCCAGAUUUUACUCUAUCGAUUUGCGGUGUUUACUUGCCGUCACCAUUAAAUUAUGAGUGUCUUAAAAGCUUUUGCGAUAAUGUUUCCUGUGUAUCAGUUGAGCAAACUAAUACAAUAUUAAUAGGAGAUUUUAAUUUAUCAAAUAUAAUGUGGACUAAACAAACUAGUCAAAAAUAUCUUAUUCCUGUUAGUAAUAGUGGCAAGAUGAACGAAUAUUUUAUAGAUUUCAUAGCUGAAAAUCGUCUUUACCAGUUUAAUCAAGUCCGAAAUCCUUUUAACAAAAUUCUUGACCUAAUAUUAAGUAAUAAAGAAAGUACAUUUAUAAUCAACGAAGUGAAAGAAAGCCCUUAUCCCUUGAGCCAUAUAGACAGACAUCACCCACCCCUAGAAAUCAGUAUAAAUUUUACUCCAGUUUCACACCUAGAAACAAACAUAAACGAAAGAAUGAAUUUUUAUAAUGCAGAUUACAGUGUUAUUAUCGAGGAGAUAGAAAAAAUAUCUUGGAAUGAAAUUUUUAUUACAUGUGGUGAUGUUGAUGAAAUGCUAAAAGUCUUUUAUUGUAAGCUCCACGAGAUUAUAGGUCGGCAUAUUAGGAAAUAUAAGAAAGGAAAUAGUAAAUACCCGCAUUGGUUUUCAAAAGACUU